GAGAUCAGUCCGCCCACACACCRUACAAAUCGUUUAUACAUCAGCCGUAACGUGACGCUACACCCGGCAGUCAAGUUCACGCUUUCACAUUACGUAAGCGCCUCACAGGCUCACCCAAACAGUGCUAAGGUUCCUGUUAUUUUAUUUUCCCAACGAGAUGGAUUCAACAACCACUAAAGACUCAGAGAAGACUUGCGUCUUGUGCUGUCAAGACAACGAUAUCUUCGCCUUGGGAAAAUGCGACCACCCGGUGUGCUACCGUUGCUCCACCAAAAUGAGGGUGCUGUGCGACCAGAAGUACUGCGCUGUCUGCCGCGAGGAGCUUGACAAG